CCAAUAUACUCAAAUGAAUAUAUAUAUAUAUAUUUAAACCUAUAUCUCUUCUAAAACUAACUCUAUACACUGAGAAAAUGCAUAAGGUAGGCACCAUGGGAGAUUCUACAAGAGACUAUUCUGCAGCUUCUGACAGCAUCGUGCUUACCACCAGUCUGUCUCGAGUAGUAUUCCCUUUGUUUGAUUCAACCUCUGUUCUUGUAUUGUAUCCAAGAGUUGAGUACUAACACUCUUUUUUUUCCUCCCUCGGGAAUUCUUCCUGCUUUAAGUAAGCAGUUGCAAUGAGAAGAAUUUCAAGUUUUAGAUUCCCAGAUAGCUGAAAUUUAGUCAAGCAGAUUAUUAAGACCACUCAAAAUUAAAGAUAUGUCAUAUCUAAUAAAUAACUCCAUAGUAGAUGCUUUUUGCUGUUUUGAGCUUUGUGUAAUAAUAAAGCAUUAUGGUGGGUCAGCCUGCACACCUCCGGCAUGGCGGACUUCUCCAAACCUGCGGCUCCCAUUCUGUCUCUCAACCCGGAGAAAGAUGCACAGUUUCGGAAGGAGGUGGAGCAAGUCCGCAAGCGCGUCACCCAGAAAAAAAAGCAAGAAACACUUACUCCUGGAGUAAUCUAUGUGGGCCACCUACCUCCAACACUUUAUGAAACCCAGAUUCAAGAGUAUUUCUCCCAAUUUGGCACUGUUACAAGAUUCCGACUGUCCAGAAGCAAAAGGACUGGAAAUAGCAGAGGCUAUGCCUUUGUGGAGUUUGAGUCUGAGGAUGUUGCCAAGAUAGUUGCUGAUACAAUGAACAACUACCUUUUUGGUGAAAGGCUCUUGGUGUGUCAUUUUAUGCCACCUGAAAAAGUACAUAAGGAACUUUUUAAAGCAUGUAAUGUUCCAUUUCGUCAGCCAUCACAUCCAGCAGUGAAACGGUAUAAUCGGAAUCGGACACUUCUACAAAAGCUAUGGAUGGAGGAGCAAUUUAAAAAGAAAGAAAAACUACUCAGAAAGAAAUUAGCUAAAAAGGGAAUUGAUUAUGAUUUUCCCUCAUUGAUUUUACAGAGGAAAAAUGUUGGAAGCACUGAUCUUCAGAACUCUACAAAUGGCCAGGUGGUAAAUGUACCUUCAAAGAAGAAAACUUCUGGCAUACCUAAGAAGAAGAAAAAAAAGACUUCAGGUACUGCUAACACUCCUGAGAAGACUGUGGAUAGCCAGGGCCCCACACCAGUUUGUACACCAUCAUAUUUGGAGAGACGAAAAUCUGAAGCAGCUGAAAUGAAAGAUGAUGAGAAAGAUGAUGAAAUAGUUUUCAGACAGCCUGUAUCUGAUGUAAAAGAAGAAACACAAGAGACUCAAACAACUGCACGUUCAGGGAAGAAAAGACGAAGAAAAAGCAAUCCAUGAUUCUGAGUGUAUUUUGUAUAAUAUAUCUUCUGGAAAAUGUGA